AUGAAACUUCGAAACUAUUCUUUGUUUCAACAGGUAAACCUUUUGGCCGGUGGAGAAGUGUUAGGAAAGAGUGUUUAUCCAAUGAAAGUCACUGUGAUGCAGGGAGAUUUCCCCAUUUCCACUGACCAGUGCGGUGAGUACUGAUCAUGCUUUUAGGUAAAAAAGAAAAAACAAAACAAAAAACACUUAUUUUUUAUCAGGGAGGUUAAGCAUCACGUUUACGUCAAACGGCAAACGUGACUUUGUACCACGUGACCAAGUUUCCUCUUUACUUGCAGUUUACUGUUCAUUAUUUCUACCCCUAAAUUAGUACUUCACGCAAUUUUUCAUCCAUAAGAAUUGUUCUGAGCUGCUUUUAUCUGCUCAUUUUUUCUUUUGAGAAAUUCUCAAUUUAAAUCUGCCGUUUGCCGUAUACGUGAAGCUUAAACUCUCUUUUUUUAUAGCAGAAAUACGCUUAUUCUACGAUGAAAAUAUAACGAGUUUCACAUAGUGCUUAAUUUCUCUCUGUUUUCGGAGUCAUGUUUGUAGAUGAGAGGGGAAAUGGGAGCCAAAUAUUUUUCGAGAAUUAUUGAUUUCGAGCGGAGCGUGUACAAUUUUAGAAAAACUUUAUCGAUGCUGGCCAGUCAAUCACCAUUUGACGAAGCAGAAAAGAUUGAAAAUACACUGAAAAAUACCCAUACCACAAUUCAAAAGCAAAUUCAAACAAUGGCCUUUUCCGCAAUACCAAAAAGCACUCAGCUUUUAGAGUUUAAUUAAUUAAGUAUCGGUGAAUUUAUUUUUGAUUAAAAAUGUGUUUUUGUGCGAGCAGGGAUCUUCGGGUGGUGGUACGACUUUUCCGAUAUUGAAAAGGCAGCAGUGAUUGGUGGACCUCUAUUGUUCAUCAUGAUACUAAUCGUUGCCUGUUGCUGUUGUUGCGGCUGCUGCAGGUCCCGUCCAACCAACCAAGGGGCUGUCAUCGUCACUCCCGCAGCUGUCCAUACGGCUGUCAUGGCGAGAAGCACCAAGAGCACCGUUUCCAUGAAACCACCGGUCAACGAGACUUGA